AUGUCUUUAUAUUGUAAUAUUUGUGAUAUAAAAAAUGAUCAUAAAACAAUUUCUUGUUUAAAAACUCAAUGCAAAAUAUGCCAAGGAUAUGGUCAUAUAAAUAUUUAUUGUCCUACGAUGCCUUGUCGUGUUUGUAAUGUUCAGACACAUAUAUUAUCAAGUUGCAAAUAUGAAAAUGUAUAUUCAAAAAAUUUUAUUUAUUCAAAAACAAAAAAUGGAUUUUUAGGAUGUGGAUGUUUGCAAGAAAGAAUUUUAUCAAGAAGAAAAGAAAUUAAAGAAUACCAACCUUUAAUGUCAAAAGGUCGAAUAUAUCAUUGUUGUAAAUGUGCUGAUAAUAUUUCAGUGGAAAAAAUUAUAGAAGAUAAUAAUAUAUUUUAUUGUAAAGGAUGCUAUAAAGUCUUUAUAGAAAACUUACCAAAUAAUGAUCAAAGAAAAAUUGAAUAUAUGCAAAGUUCAGAAUAUCAAAGAGAUAUUGUAAUAUGUCGUCUUUGUAAUAAAACACAUCAUAGAGUUUAUUUUGUUGAAGGUGCAGGUGAUUUUUGUGAUAGACAUCAUCAAAUUGCAUAUUUAGUAUCUGAAGAUAUAGAAAAUCCAAAUAAAAGUUUAUGGACACGAAUUAUCCAUAGAACAGAAUCAAGUAGAACUAAGAUGUCAGCAUAUCCAUUAAAUCAAUCAGCUAUUAUGAGAAUAGUUUUAAGAUAUAAAAAUGCUAUAUCAAUUACUUUUGAAGAAGCAUUAAAAGAACAAAUUGGAGAUAUAUGGAAUAGUGCAGGAACAACUGAUGAUAAUGAUGAUUGGAAUGCAGAAGAUUAUAGAUUUACAAGAGUAAUAGAUAAUUUAAAUAUCUCAUCUGAACAAGAACUUGAAAAACAAAGAUUAAGAAAAUUAAUAUUAGAAUCAUUUGAUUUUAGUUCUAAUAUUGAUAUUGAAGAAAUUUUAAAUG